AAAUGGACGCCGUUGUCCAAACUAAGGUAAAGCAAGACACCUCAAAGACCGCAGCCAUCCAAGAGAAGCAAACUGUGGUCCAAAAAACUCAACCACAGUUAGAGGCAGACAAAGAGAGGAAGAGUCCAGCUAAGCUUAACAAGGGAGAGCGUGUACUCCCAGUCAUCAUCACCACCCUGCUGCUCAUUCCUCUGGUUGUUGUGAUCUCCAUAGGAGUCUUCAUUUCCUGGAGGAAAAAAAAUCAACAUGAGGUCAAAUCUGAACCCAGCUCGGUGAGAGGCAUUUUGGGAAAAAUAAGGGGUAAAGCAGUGGGCAGUCUGAAUCUGGGAAACUUCUUUCCAUCCCAUAAGGGUUAUAGUCGUCAGGGCUUUGACCAGCUGAGUACUGAAGGCAGUGACCAAGAGAGAAAUGAUGAGGACAGCAGUGACUCUGAAAAUGAGGAAUACUCUGCUCUGCCGCCGCCUCAGUCCUCCUCUUAGAUGUUCUGGGGCCAACUGCAAACCUUACACCAACCUUCUGCUAAAAUCGCUGAUGUAGUUAUUCAUCACAUGUGUAACUGUUGUACCAGCUGCCAAUGUGUGUGUGUGUGUUAUUGUAUGUAAAAAUAUUUUGAUAAGUUAUUUAUUUAAUUCAGCUAUGGUAUUCAUACAGCCUUUUCUGGCAUAAUCUACUCAUGUCACAGUGUCACUCAUUUCAUUUCCCCAAAUCAAACCUGCUUUUACUGAGAUUAUUAACAAUAUUUUUGAAAAAUCUGGAGUUGGUUUUGGCCUUAAAAUAACAAUGCAAAUCUGUUAAAAGAAUGAGAUCGUUUCCCCAUUAGCUGUUAAAGGCUGAUGUUAGAUUGCUGUCCGCCUUCAAAGUCAGUGUUUUUGUUUUGUUUUGUUUUAACAUGCAUUCCCUUUGUUUUAUUAACAAAGGAUUCAUCUUGAUGGUGAUUAAUCAGCCUCCAACUGUCCUGCACCAUAAUGUAGCUCUCACUCUAGUCAUUAUGGACUUGGCUUCCUCGUCAGCUAUAUUCUUGCUGUUCAUGGCGAAAAAAUACUCUGAUGAAUUCUGUCAUUUUUCUGUUUGUCAAGUUUUUAGCAAAAGUGGCAUUUCAUGUGAUAUUGUUUGAUUUGAAGUGUGAAAGAGAGAAAUAUUGUCAAUUCAUUUUUUUCAGUUUUAUUUAUACAGCACCAAAUCAGAACAACAGUUGAUGAAAUGUUUGUAAUAAUACGCAAGACCAGACAGAGACUACACAAGAUGCAUUUAAAUAUCACACUCACCUGAAUAAAAAUUGCUUGUGUGGUGAAACCCACUGCAUAUGAGAUUUGAUGAGAAAAAAAUGUUUUAAUCCUGUAUUUGGGAAAUUCUUUUUUUUUACAGCCACUGAAAUGACUAACUAUAAUUAUAAUAAUGUAUGGUCAGACAUAUAUAGUGUUAUAGAGGGAGAUGGCAUAUAAAAGAUUUCCUAUAUCUGUUUUUGUAGCAGCAGAGCUAAAUCUGUUUGUUAGAGUAGCUGGUGCAGUGAUUGGUCAGGAUUAUCCAUAAUGGACAAUGGUGACAACCUGUCUACCAAUGCUUCAAAUGUGUCCAGUUUGCAGCCAAUCACACAGCCAGCCUCUCUAAUCAGUUUAUUCAAUCUGUUGGUCACUAUAUUAUGAUUUGAUAAUAUCACUUAAUAAAUUACUUGUUCAUAAAAGAUUGCUUUCUCUGGGAAAGUUUCCCAAAUUUAAAACAUCUGAUCUUGUUUGCAGUUUCAGUUAUUGCGUUAUCUAUAUGGUAACCUACUUACUGCCACUUUUGCUGGUCAUUGUGCUUGUUGCAUUGAAAAGGAAAUGUAGUGGACGGCGCAAACACUGUUAUCGUCACCAUGUUAGUGGUUGACAUAUGGUUACUUCUACCCUUAAACACAAUGAUUUUACACCGUUUCAUUAUCAUUUCAAUUUUUCACUUAAUCUUAAGUUGGAUCAGUUUUUUUUGUUUUUUUUUACACAUGAUUCUGUGCCUCUUUGCAUCUGUCUUGCCUUUUGUUUUAAUCACGUGCCAUAACAACACAUACCAUGGGAUGAAAAUUGCUGCCAGUAGAGCUUGUAUCAUAGUGAUUUUAUUUCCCUUCAGAAAAUUUUAUAGUGUAUAAAUUCAUAUAUACCUGAAUCUCUGUGCACUAAUCAUUCUUUAGAACAGGGGUAGGGAACGUUAGUCCUCGAGAGCCGGUGUCCUGCAGGUUUUAGAUCUCACCCUGGGUCACGACACCGGACUCAAAUGAUUAGGUCAUUACCAGGCCUAUGGAGAACUUCAAGAAAUGUUGAGGAGGUAAUUUAGCUAUUUAAAUCAGCUGUGUUGGAUCAAGGACAUCUAAAACCUGCAGGCCUCUCGAGGCCUGGAGUUCCCUACCCCUGCUUUAGAAGAACCACUUCUCAAGUUUCAAUAACGCUAAACCCAGCUUAUAAAUAUAUAUAUACACAAAAUAUAUAUGGUUUUGUUUUGUCUUGUUCUACCCAGCAGCCUAAACCAACUGGGUGUUCUGACUUAAUCAAUAAAAGCAUUUAUAUGUAAAAAUCAAUAAAGACAUAUUCAGUCUGAUGGCAGCAGUGCGGAACAAGUGAAGUCCAAAUUAAUGUGUAUUAAUUAAGGAAAAUUCACUGAACACACUUCAUGCACAUACUGGAAGCUCAAAGAUAGUGGAGGAAGACUUUUGUUUAUUCAAAAUAUUCACGUUUGUUCAGGAUUCUGAGGUUUAGUUACAGUUACUCUUUUUUCCUUUUUUAUGUAGUCUGCACCACUUCUUUUUGUAUUUAUUCUCAGUAUAUCAUAAUGUUUGAUUUCCUAACAUGGUGCCAUGUUUUACAUGUGAAUGCUGUAAUAUUAGUUGUGACACACUGGUUCUGCUGCAAGAGUACUAUUUUCAGUAACUGUUAUUUGUGUAAUAAAGUGUUUGCAAAGCA